GAGCUGGAGCUGCAGAACCUCAUUUGGUUAGAGGCGGCUGUUGUGUGUACGUCUUUGCGCCCGCGUCUCCUCUCGGGCCAAGGACCUCACUGCAGCGGGUGAGCCCAGUUCUCCGAGCCUAGGCCAGGCUUAGUUUUUUCUCGUUUCUGCUCUUAGUAUCUCUGUUCGCCACCAUGUUCGAGGCAAGGCUAGUGCAAGGCUCCAUCCUUAAGAAGGUGUUGGAGGCGCUGAAAGACUUCAUCAAUGAGGCCUGCUGGGACAUCAGCUCAGGCGGGGUGAACCUGCAGAGCAUGGACUCGUCCCACAUCUCCCUGGUACAGCUCACCCUCCGCUCGGAGGGCUUCGAUACCUAUCGCUGCGACCGUAACCUGGCUAUGGGCGUGAAUCUCACCAGCAUGUCCAAAAUAUUGAAAUGUGCCAGCAAUGAGGAUAUUAUUACUUUAAGAGCCGAAGACAAUGCAGAUACGCUUGCGCUGAUAUUUGAGGCACCUAAUCAGGAAAAAGUUUCAGACUAUGAGAUGAAAUUAAUGGAUUUAGAUGUUGAACAACUUGGAAUUCCAGAACAAGAAUACAGUUGUGUGGUGAAAAUGCCUUCUGGUGAAUUUGCACGAAUCUGUCGGGACCUCAGUCAUAUUGGAGAUGCUGUUGUAAUUUCCUGUGCAAAAGAUGGUGUAAAGUUUUCUGCCAGUGGAGAACUGGGAAGUGGAAAUGUAAAACUAUCACAGACAAGUAAUGUUGACAAAGAGGAGGAAGCUGUUACAAUAGAGAUGAAUGAGCCAGUUCAGUUGACCUUUGCACUUCGAUACCUGAAUUUCUUUACCAAAGCCACUCCACUUUCUCCUACAGUAACACUUAGUAUGUCUGCAGAUGUACCACUUGUUGUAGAGUAUAAAAUUGCAGAUAUGGGACACUUAAAAUAUUACCUGGCUCCCAAGAUUGAGGAUGAAGGAGGAUCUUAAACAUCAUUUCUAAGAAGAUAAGGGGGGGUUGGGAAGCUCUUGAAAAGAGAAUUACUUUUGAGAUAUUCAGCAAAUACGUUUAAUUGUUAAGUCUUUUCAGUCUUAACUUUUCUGUUUGUACCUCUAGGUACAUAAAUAUGUAGAUAACUUUCUGUAAAUAUAGUACUUCUCUCCACAUAAUUUGUUUUAAAAAGUCCAAAGUUGAAUCUUAAUACUAUUAUCCUAGACCAUGCCUUAUUUAGAAAUUCUAUUUUAGAUGUUUUUAUACCAAAAGACUCCUUUUGUAAUUCUAACAAAGGGGAUGAACUCGAUUUAAAUAACGUUGUAUAGGAAUUGAGCUUUUCACAGAGUGUAGUGUCUUAAAACAGGAUUCUGCUCUGCUACAAAAAUCGUCAUGGAUUCUCAGCUGUAGCUUUUGUAAAAAUUACUUGCCAAUAUUUUUAUUUUUCACCCUGAAAUUGUUGAAUAUGAAGCAUUGUGAAAAUAGCAAUAAAAAACAUUAUUUCAAA